AUGACAAAUAAAAGAUCAAGAACUACGACGAGUUCUACAGAAAGCGCUAACCACUGUAAGAGGCCAGUUAUAUUUAAAGAAGGUCCAUUAGUGAAUGCUGUCGACUGUAAAGCAAUCUUUAAGAACGACAAGGAAAAAAUAAAAAGAGCAAAUAAUCUGACAGUAACUCUUCUGAGGAAGCACUUACAGCCCAAGAAUUACUUGCAGUGGACUCAAAACUGUUCGUUAUUUAAAUUUCAUAGAGGCUAUAUAACUGAUUCUAUUUCGGAGUUUGAACGCGAAUUUCCUGUCGCCUUUAGCAUUCUGAUGUACAAAGACAUUGAAAUGUUCGAGCGACUUCUGCGUGCCAUUUACAGACCGCAGAAUUAUUAUUGCAUUCACGUGGAUGCUAAAACCAGAGAUGACAUUUUUAAAGCAGUCUUGGCCAUGACUGAAUGCUUUGAAAAUGUGUUUAUGGCGUCACAAAGGAUCAGAGUGAAAUGGGGCAAAUUGUCCGUUCUUACACCGGAACUAGUUUGCAUGGAUGAUCUCCUUCGACGCAGCACUAAAUGGAAGUACUUUAUUAACCUGACCGGUCAGGAGUUUCCCCUUAAGUCGAACUUUGAGUUGGUUAAAAUUCUCACAGCCUUCAACGGGUCCAACGAUGUAGAAUGCGAUUUUAAAGGGAAUUUCUCUCGCCGAUGGAAAGAGGCCGGUCCGCCACCCUUUAAAAUCAAACCCGUCAAAGGGGCGGUACACGCAGUGCUCAGUCGGGCAUUCGUGGAAUUUGCCCUUCACAACGAGAAGGCCGUUGAAUUCUACAACUGGACAACAAAAACGAAGAUUCCAGACGAGACCUUCUUUGCUACCCUGAAUCACAAUCCAAGGAUUGGUGCACCCGGGGCUUACACGGGGAAAAAGGAACGGAACAAAGCAGCAAAGCCUUACAUAGCAAGAUUCAAAAACAGGGGCCGCAUCCCGUGUGCGGGCAAAAGAGUUCGCGGCGUCUGUAUCAUAGCAACAGGUGACCUACCCCUGCUGGCCAGGAGCAAGAGUUUAUUUGUAAACAAACUUCAUCAAGAUUUUCAUCCAUAUGCUUACGAUUGUCUGGAAGAGUUGAUGGCAAAUCGCACUAGAGAUUAUUAUCAUGGACGUCGGACAUUUGAUGCCAGCUACUACACAAAAUUGGACUUUGUGAAAAAUAAAGUUGGAUAA